ACAAGUUAGAAGAUGGCUCCAACCAAGUCAAGAGGUAGAAGAGCCGAAAAGAAAUCUGCAGCUAGAGAAAGAGUUGCUAACGAAGAAACUGGAGAGUUCGAGCCUGUACAAGAGCAGCAAGAGAUUUCAGAAAGUAGUGAUGCUGUUAAACCAACUUUUUAUGGUUUGGUCGAUUCCAGUGAAAUAGAUUACUUCAAACAAGCUGAAUCUACCCUUAACAUAAAUGCAUUCGAAAGCGAUGAAGACCGUACUGGGUUCAUCAGAUCGGUCUUGGAAGAAUCUCGUGGGAAGGAAUUAAAAUUGGUCACAAAUCAAAUAUGUUCCAAACUUAUGGAAAGAUUGGUCUUAUAUGGUACUGAUAAACAAUUGAAAUCCAUAUUCAAGGCUUUUGAAAACCAUUUUGUUGCUUUAUCCCACCAUAAAUACUCUUCUCAUGUUAUAGAGACUUUGUUAGUUAGAUCGGCUGCAUUAAUCGAAAAAGAAUUAGCGAGUGACUUAACAAAUGAGGAAGAAGAUGAAGAAGAACAACAACAACAACAAGAAGAAGAAGAAGACUUGGAUGUUCCAAUGGAGUCUUUGUUCUUACUGAUGUUAAACGAAUAUAAACCGCACAUAAAAUCAAUGGUAGAACACCAAUAUGCUUCGCAUGUUUUAAGAUUAAUUAUCUUGAUCAUUUCUGGUAAAGAAUUACCAUCGACCACUGUUUCUAAUUCAACUUUACGUUCUAAGAAAUCCAAAAUCGCAAGAAAAAUGAUUGAAAUCAAAGAUACUGAUGAUUUUGCAAGAGCUUUUGAAGUCCCGCCCUCUUUCAAAAAUGAAAUAAAAGAUAUUCUCAAUAGUCUUUCUAAUAAUCAAGAAAUGAAAAAAAUGAGAGAGUUAGCAAUCCACAAAGUUGCAUCACCAGUUUUACAAUUAGCAAUUCAAGUCGAAGGUAUAGUUGAUAGAGAAAGAUCUAUCUGGCACUUAAUUUUCCUCCCUGAAAACUCAGAAAAGGAUUCACAAGAAGAAGCAUUUGUGGAAUACUUACUAUCAGAUUCCGUCGGCUCCCAUUUCUUAGAAGCUAUCAUUAAAAAUGAUGGUGCAAGAAUAAAAUAUAUCUUCAGAUUAUAUAAGCUUUACAUGAAAGAUCGUGUUUUGAAAUUAGCGAAAAGAUCAACUACCGGUGUCUACAUCAUACAAGCAUUACUAUUCAAAUUAAAACCAGUCGAAGUUGAAUAUAUCCUUGAUCAAAUCAUUCCAGAAUUGUCUGGUUUAAUUUCUAUAUCUGAAAAUCAAAACUUAGAUCUCGGACGUUCCAUUAUUGAUGCAUCAAUUACUAGAGGUAAUUACAGAAGAGAUGAACUCAUUGAUCAAUUAUUUAUCAAGUUAGCUCCUAACUUGGACAGAAUGAAUCCGGGCUCAAAUACUUCCACCGAAUUAUUGGAAAAUACUUUACAAUUAACUGGUUCUACCUUAGGUAAUACAAGAGAUGACUGGCCUACUGCGGAAGAAAGAAGAAGGUCGUUGUUUUUAGAAAAGUUAAUGGCUUAUGAUUAUUCUUUCAUUGUUAGCGUAUGGGCCAAUUUCCUUGCGUUACCAAUCGAAAGAUUUAUGCAAAUGUGUUUCCAUGGUGUCUUCUCUCAUGUUGUUGAACAUUCAUUGAUUGUUACAAAGGAUGAAAGCAAAGAUACUCUUAUCAUGAGAAAAAGAUUUUUGAACAUAUUUCAAAACCAAAUUGUUGCAUUGGCUUGUAACUCAUAUGGAUCCCAUAUAGUUGACAAACUUUGGGAUUUCACUGUCUUGUUACCAAUGUAUAAAGACCGUAUUGCGUCUGAAUUACUUUCUGAAUCACAUAAAGUAAAAGAAAGUAAUUAUGGUAGAAUGGUUUGGAAAAAUUGGACCAUGGAGUCAUUUGUCAGAAAGAAGUAUGAUUGGAAAGCAAUGGUUAAACAACAAGAAAAUGACUAUUAUGCUAAUGAAGAAGAAACCGAGAGAGUUAAAAAACCAAUUGAAUUAAAAAUGGAGCAAAUAUUCAAAGCAAAACAAGCUCAAAAGGAGAGAGAAGAGAGUGCUGCUUCCAAAUCCAAUAAGCGUGCUGCUGAUUUUGAUGAUAUAAGUAAAAAGGUCAAGUUAAGAGGUCGUCGUCGUUAAUUGAUCUAUAUACAAUCUAUUUACAAGUUUUGAAUGUAGUAUUCUUUUAAAGUUUUCUCAGGUACACCGGUUGGACUUUCGACUACCGGAUCAACUCCAGAUUGAUUUUUAGGAAAUGCAAUCACAUCCCUGAUACUUGGGCUACCAAUUAACAUAGCACAUAAUCUAUCGAAUCCUAAAGCUAUACCGGCAUGAGGAGGACAUCCCAUGCUCAACGCAUGCAAUAAAUGGCCAAAUAAAUCAUUAUAAUUUGUAAUUUGUAAAAUUUCUUCAAAAAUGUAUUUUUGUAAUUCUGCAUCAUGAAUUCUU